AUGACGGACGACGCUCUUGCAUGGUAUGAACGAGCCCAGUCCGAGCUCGUGUCGUGGGCCGCGUUCGAAGCCCACUUCAAGAGCCGCUUUGUAGAUCUCGCAGCCAAACGACAUGAGGCGCUCAGAAAACUGGAGACGCUGACGAGGGACAAAGACCAAAGGCUCACCCCGCACUUGGAAUACACAAUGAAAUUGUGUUACGACUUCGAUCCGGAAAUGAGCGAGGAGCGGGUCAUCGAGAGGAGUCUCCAGACACUUCGGUCGGAGGAAGCGUAUGCGCUUCUCUCCGUCAGACCGACGACCAUCAGUGAGCUGCGGGCUCACCUCACGUGGAUGGACAAGACGAUCCCGCAUCUAAACGAUAGGAAGUCACAGCCGUCGGAUCUAGCAAUCAACAGAAUCGGGGGAUCCAGCAGAAACGACGACGAAGUUCGCUUCGGGAGAUCCCGCAGUUCAUCAAGAGAGAAAUCCGAAAGAGGCAAAUCGCGCUCCAGCAGUCUCGACCGCCACCCUCAGCUCCAGCAUAGAAGCAGAUCACCGGCUCCAGCAAACUACGCACAAAGAGGUAGAUCUCCGGCUCCAGCAGCCGCCCAACGCGCACCGCUCCAGCAGAGAAUCCCGACCCAAUACUUCACGGCCCGGCAAUACCCAGCAACAGACUACAACCCCAACGGGAGGGUUCUCUGCAACUGGUGUAACAACGUAGGCCACACGAUCAAGCAUUGCAGGCGCAGGAUGGAGCUCAAGCCGAGGACCCGCGCAAGGCUCCAGCAGUCGGGAAACUCCUACGGCCGUUAG